AUGGCCACGCAAUGGGCCGCGAGACAGGCUGCCGUGGCCAGUGUCCUGGCCGAGGGUGUCGCCUCCUCCUCCACGUUGGUAUCACGAGCCGCCCAGGAGGCCGCCGCGGCGGCAGACAAUACGACCAGCAUUAUCGAGGACCUGCAGUUCUCGUCCAUCAAAUCGAUACGGACGUCCAUCAUCACGCUGGCGAGCUUCAACGUCUUGGCGGCGGCCGUGACCUUGGCCUGCAUCGUAUGGGACUGCUACCUCGCCGCGAAGAGGAAGGAUCAGGCCUUCAAGAUCAGGUGGCGACACGUUGGCGCUCCCCAGGUCUACCCAUUCGUCCUGUGUUUGAGCAUCAUCGCCCAGGGAAUCAUCUUUGCGACGGCGCAGGCGCAAGGCCUCGCUGCGCUCAGGCUUGAUAACUGCGUCGCCUUGUCCCAGACGAUGAUGCCUGCCACCUUUCUCGUCCCCUUCACUCAGCUCAUCUUGGGACUCGAAACCACAAUCCGAUCAGUGCUGCCAAAACCCUUCCCGUCUCAGCGGGCAUGGAACGUCCCCCUCUGCAUAGUGAUCAUCGCAGCUGGGCUGUUCGCGCUAUGGGGCGUGACGCUUUCUUUCAAACCUCCCGCGCUGUGCUUCGCCUCUCUGUUCUGGUUCACGCAAGCAUGGCGGCCCGUCUGCUUGGGCCUUUUUGUCGCCAUAGCUAGCACCCUGCUCAUCGCGGCAUGCGUCGUCUUGCUGCGGCUGCGCUACUCGGCCAAAACGCCUAGCAUGGACAGAAUGGCCGCUUCGCACAUGGUCUACUAUAUGAUCAUUGCCGCCAUCUCCAACGCUUUGUUGACGCCCUUCUUUUUCAGCAUCACCUUUGCCGAUGCCAACUCCCUGAACAACGACCCGACCGAGCUCUCAACAGUCUCGUCCAUUGUCGCCAACCUGUCAGGCCUGCUGACAGGCGGUUUAUAUCUGUUCCUCCGCGGAGGGCGCAGGCUCAUGCAGCCUUUUGCUCAACGCACUGACCUCCCCGAAAAGGGCGACGAUAUCUUGGGUUCGAACAAGCUCGGCUAUGCUUUUGACCACGACGACCGCCCCAAAACAUCUUCCUCGACGUACUCGAGCGGAGGCAGUAGGGUCACAACAUUGAACCAGCCGUUUGCUUCCACAUCGUAUGGACAUGGAGGACGGCACGAGUCGACCAUCAGCCGCUUCUUCGCCAUGCCCAUCAAAGGUCUUAUGAGUCGGGGCUCUUCCGCACAGCACUCCCUUCGCGCAUCCUCUGCCAUGUCUCUUGCUGCGCACGAGCCCGCAGACUACGCGCGGGAGGACGUUCUGCUUCCCUCGACAACAUAUACGCGCGAGUCCUCCCAGGCUACCUCUGCGCUGCCAAACGACAAACUCCUCGUCCCCCCACCCCUUUUCCAUGCCCCAGCGGGAUUCUCCCACAAUCGGGGAUCUUCUCUCUGCUCUACGGCCACACUGCAGAUCGGCCUGCGCAUAUCAAACGUGAACGAUUGCCGACGACCGUCGAAAGCAGACACACACGCGCAGUACAACAAAAGGCCCACGUCUCCCCUCUUGGUCCCGCCCGUGGCGGCCCUGAAGAGGACGGGUACGCCGGCUCCCGCUGCUAUCGCAGUGCCACGGAUCCCUCACCACGCCAAGCAGGAGAGCAUCUCCACCGUCUCGCUGAACAAGGAGCUCCCCGAGGUGCCGGCGCAGACGCCCGUGUACGUGGACGCACCGGUCCAACUAGCCCCUUCGGUGUAUUCGCCGACCAGACAGCCGGCCAAAACCAGGCUGGCGAGUCCCAAGGGCGUUGGCUUUCAUGGUGUGGGUUCGGAGAGGAAUAUGCCCCCUGGCGCAAGCCCGGAGCUCGCCAAGGGGAGCGAUGAUGAUCGGGCGGAGUGGAUUUGA